AUGGAGGUUUGUACUGACAUUCCUGGUCGUAUCCGCAUUGCCGGUCACUGGUGUGCGAUCUAUUAUAAAGGGCAAAAACGUGUUUGUUUUUCAUGUAACGCGGAGGGUCAUGUUAGUCGUAAGUGCCCUUCAAAAACUGUUCCAUCUGCUUCUGCUAAAGUCGGUGCCUCUUUGAGAGGGCCUGUUCCCUUAUCUUCCGAUGUUAAUGUUGGUGCUGCCACAUCUAUUGCCCCUGCUGGUGCUUGUAUCUCGCCGGCACAUCCUGUUCUGGUGAAUGUUGUUCCUACACCUGGCUCCCUGGUGGAUGGUGGUGUUACCACUGCAUGCUGCUGGUGAGCAGUUAGAUCUUUUUUCGGAUGUAGUUCACAACUUGGUUGCGUUGGUUGUUGAUCAUUCUGAUGAUUAUGCUCAUGGUGUUGAUCCUAACUGGAAGCAAUCUGCUUCAUCGCAAGUUCUUGCCCAAGCUGGUAGUGCUGAUCUUGGUGUUGGCUCUUUUAGUCCUGAAACAUCUGUCUUGUCACCAGUUCCAUUGCGUCCGGCUGUGUUAGGUGCCAAGCGCUUUGGGUCACGGUCUUGUUCAGCAUCUCUGUCUAAGUCUCGUUUGCCUUUGCAUAAGGGUAGUCGGGCUGCUGUUUUGUCGUCUGAUUGCGCGAGUGAUGAUGCUCAUUCGGAUGAAUACUCCCUAGAGUCGGAAGUGGUCUCAUGA